GUCCUGCUAUUAUUUCUCCAGGCGAGUCCAGACUCCGAGGGGUUUAGGGAGCGUGAGUGCAACCCCUGUCUUCGGGUUCCUGCAGUUUGGCCCCCACUUGGGAACCAUCGCUCGUCCCCAUCGGGGAGGGCAGGGGAGGUCCCGCUAUUCCAGGCUGGCGACCCCCGCCCCGAAAGGGACAGAAGGUCGUUCAGUCCGGGAGCAGGGCUUCUCUGAGACAUUCCAGCCCGGGCGGGAGCUCCCCGCCCUCCCGGGUUCCAGAACCGAACCCUCCAGCCAGGCAGAGGGCCCAGACUCCGCCUCCAUCUCUGCGGCGCGGGCCACGCCGAGGCGCGCAGGCGGCGGCGAGCGGCGCGGUCCUCUGACGUGGCGACGCGCUAUUGGCCGGCUCUUUCCAGCGGGCGGUGAUUGGCCAGCGCGCGCCCCGCCCCGCGGCCCCGCUCCGCCCCCGCGGCCGUCCGGGUGUCCUCGCCGCCGUCCGCGCGCCGCCCGGCCGUUUGCUGCCACCCGGCCUCACGCUGCUCCCAUGGCCGCCGCCGCCACCGAGGAGCCCUUCCCGUUCCACGGCCUGCUGCCCAAGAAGGAGACCGGGGCCGCCUCCUUCCUCUGCCGCUACCCGGAGUAUGACGGGCGCGGGGUGCUCAUCGCCGUCCUGGACACGGGGGUCGACCCGGGGGCUCCGGGCAUGCAGGUCACGACUGACAGGAAACCAAAAAUCAUCGAUAUUAUAGACACAACAGGAAGUGGCGACGUGAACACUUCUACAGUGGUGGAGCCAAAGGAUGGCGAAGUUACUGGUCUUUCUGGACGAGUGCUGAAGAUCCCUGCGAGUUGGACCAACCCCUCCGGCAAAUACCACAUCGGCAUAAAAAAUGGCUACGAUUUCUAUCCCAAGGCGCUCAAGGAAAGAAUACAGAAAGAACGGAAGGAAAAGAUCUGGGACCCUGCCCACAGAGUGGCCCUUGCAGAAGCCUGCAGAAAACAGGAAGAGUUUGAUGUUGCCAACAGCUGCCCUUCUCAGGCAAAUAAGCUAAUCAAGGAAGAGCUUCAAACGCAAGUGGAAUUGCUGAAUUCGUUUGAGAAAAAGUACAGUGAUCCCGGCCCUGUGUAUGACUGCUUGGUUUGGCAUGACGGCGAAACCUGGAGAGCUUGCAUCGAUUCAAACGAAGAUGGGGACUUGAGUAAAUCUGCCGUGCUGAGAACCUACAAGGAAGCCCAAGAAUACGGCUCUUUCGGCACAGCUGAGAUGCUGAAUUACUCUGUAAACAUAUAUGAUGAUGGAAACCUGCUCUCCAUUGUGACCAGCGGAGGCGCUCACGGCACACAUGUUGCUAGCAUUGCCGCUGGGCACUUCCCAGAGGAACCGGAGCGGAAUGGGGUAGCGCCCGGUGCUCAGAUUCUUUCAAUCAAGAUCGGUGACACAAGACUAAGCACAAUGGAAACAGGCACGGGUCUGAUAAGAGCAAUGAUAGAAGUUAUAAACCAUAAGUGUGAUCUUGUCAACUACAGCUAUGGAGAAGCAACUCACUGGCCCAACUCUGGGAGAAUUUGUGAUGUCAUCAGUGAGGCAGUCUGGAAGCACAACAUCAUAUACGUCUCAAGUGCUGGGAACAAUGGCCCCUGCCUCUCGACGGUUGGUUGUCCAGGUGGGACUACGUCCAGUGUGAUAGGUGUUGGUGCUUACGUUUCUCCUGACAUGAUGGUUGCCGAGUACUCCCUCAGAGAGAAACUACCCGCCAAUCAGUACACGUGGUCUUCUAGAGGCCCCAGUGCCGACGGGGCCCUCGGCGUGAGCAUCAGCGCACCGGGAGGAGCCAUCGCGUCUGUUCCUAACUGGACGUUGCGAGGGACCCAGCUAAUGAAUGGGACGUCGAUGUCGUCUCCCAACGCCUGUGGAGGCAUCGCCCUGGUGCUGUCAGGCCUGAAAGCUAAUAACAUCAACUACACCGUUCACUCUGUCAGAAGAGCUCUAGAAAACACAGCAGUGAAGGCCGACAACAUAGAAGUGUUUGCCCAAGGACAUGGUAUUAUUCAGGUUGACAAGGCCUAUGACUACCUCGUUCAGAAUACGUCAUUCGCGAAUAAACUGGGUUUCACCGUUACCAUUGGGACUAACCGUGGCAUCUACCUCCGAGAUCCCGUUCAAGUGGCUGCACCCUCAGACCACGGUGUCGGCAUUGAGCCUAUAUUUCCAGAAAAUACUGAAAACUCUGAAAAGAUAUCCCUUCAGCUUCAUUUAGCAUUGACUUCAAAUUCGUCUUGGGUUCAGUGUCCCAGCCACUUGGAGCUCAUGAAUCAGUGUAGACACAUAAACAUCCGUGUGGACCCCAGAGGCUUGAGAGAAGGGCUGCAUUAUACAGAGGUGUGUGGCUAUGAUAUAGCAUGUCCUAGUGCGGGUCCCCUGUUCAGAGUGCCAAUCACCGCAGUCAUAGCAGCAAAAGUAAAUGAGUCAUCACAUUACGACCUAGCCUUUUCAGAUGUUCAUUUUAAACCGGGUCAGAUUCGGAGGCAUUUCAUUGAGGUUCCUGAGGGUGCUACGUGGGCAGAAGUCACCGUGUGUUCCUGCUCUUCGGACGUGUCGGCCAAGUUCGUUCUCCAUGCGGUUCAGCUUGUGAAGCAGAGAGCCUACCGGAGCCACGAGUUCUAUAAGUUCUGUUCCCUUCCUGAAAAAGGCACAUUGACCGAAGCUUUCCCUGUCUUAGGCGGGAAGGCCAUCGAGUUUUGCAUUGCUCGCUGGUGGGCCAGUCUCAGUGACGUCAACAUCGACUACACCAUUUCCUUCCACGGGAUCGUGUGCACUGCUCCGCAGCUAAAUAUCCAUGCAUCCGAAGGCAUCAACCGUUUUGACGUUCAGUCCUCUUUGAAAUACGAAGAUCUGGCUCCCUGCAUAACCCUGAAGAGCUGGGUGCAGACUCUACGCCCACUAAGUGCAAAAACAAGACCUUUGGGUUCAAGAGAUGUUUUGCCAAAUAACCGUCAACUUUACGAGAUGAUCCUGACAUAUAAUUUCCAUCAACCCAAGAGUGGAGAAGUAACUCCAAGCUGCCCACUGCUCUGCGAACUGCUCUACGAGUCAGAAUUUGACAGCCAGCUGUGGAUUAUAUUUGACCAAAACAAGAGGCAAAUGGGCUCAGGAGAUGCCUAUCCACAUCAGUAUUCCUUGAAGUUGGAGAAAGGCGAUUAUACAAUUCGACUACAGAUUCGUCACGAGCAAAUCAGUGAUUUGGAUCGUCUCAAAGAUCUUCCGUUUAUUGUUUCUCAUAGAUUGUCUACUACCUUGAGUUUAGAUAUUCAUGAAAACCAUAGCCUUGCCCUCCUGGGGAAGAAGAAAUCAAACAGCUUGACAUUGCCGCCUAAAUAUAACCAGCCGUUCUUUGUCACUUCCCUACCCGAUGACAAAAUCCCUAAAGGGGCAGGACCUGGGUGCUACCUUGCAGGAUCCUUAACUUUGUCAAAGACUGAACUUGGGAAGAAAGCUGGGCAGUCUGCAGCCAAACGACAAGGAAAAUUUAAAAAGGAUGUGAUCCCUGUCCACUACUACCUGAUACCUGCACCUACAAAGACUAAGAAUGGCAGCAAAGAUAAAGAAAAAGAUGCAGAAAAAGAGAAAGAUUUAAAAGAAGAGUUCACUGAAGCGUUACGAGACCUGAAAAUUCAGUGGAUGACAAAGCUGGAUUCUAGUGACAUUUACAAUGAGCUGAAAGAAACGUAUCCUAACUACCUUCCUCUGUACGUGGCACGACUCCAUCAGCUGGACGCUGAGAAGGAACGAAUGAAAAGGCUGAAUGAAAUCGUCGACGCUGCCAACGCUGUGAUUUCUCACAUAGACCAGACGGCCCUCGCGGUCUUUAUAGCCAUGAAGACUGACCCCAGGCCCGAUGCCGCCACGAUAAAAAAUGACAUGGACAAGCAGAAGUCCACCCUGGUAGACGCCCUGUGCAGGAAAGGCUGUGCCCUAGCCGACCACCUCCUUCACGCCCCAGAACAGGAUGGGGCCGUGUCCUGCGAUGCAGAAGGCAGAGAGGAGGAGAGUGAGAGUACCCUGGAUUCGCUGGCAGAGACCUUCUGGGAGACCACGAAGUGGACUGACCUCUUUGACAGUAAGGUUUUGACAUUUGCAUACAAGCAUGCAUUAGUGAAUAAAAUGUAUGGGAGAGGCCUUAAAUUUGCAACUAAGCUUGUGGAGGAAAAGCCAACAAAAGAAAACUGGAAAAACUGUAUUCAGCUGAUGAAGCUACUUGGAUGGACCCACUGUGCGUCAUUCACUGAAAACUGGCUCCCCAUCAUGUACCCUCCUGAUUAUUGUGUGUUCUAAACUGGGAACCAAGGCCUGACAUCUAAAAAGAAAGGAAGUUUUAUAGUGAAUGGAUCUAAAAACCAGUUUGUGGCAUUUUUUAGUCUAAUGCAUGUUUUCAUCCAGUAUCAAAUACAGACUAUUAAAAAUGAUGUGUAUCUAUCCGAGAACUCGCUGGCGUGUGGCUUCAUACAUGUAAACCGAGACCUCACGGUGUUAACACCUCACGUCGCUGGCUGCGGGCCGUGUCCCCACUGCCAGCACCAGGGACUUGCAGAACGGUAACUUUUAACUGCAAACCUGUCAAACUUUAUUUUGUAAAUGAACAGGGUUUUAACAGGCUCAACUUAAUUUUCUUUUCAAUUGUAUGAAGGCCUUAAAAAGCUACUCUUAAGCGUAGCUACAAUUAUUUAUUGGAAUAAAAAAGUAACAAUUUCAUUUCCAGAUACUUUUUUUUUUGUUUUUGCAAACGUUUACAUUCAAUUAAGGGAAAAAAAAAAAAAAAUAUAUAUAUAUAUAUAUAUAUACAUAUAUAACAGGCACACACAGAUGUGUGGCAACUGCUGAAGCAUAACUGCUUCAACAGAGCUUCAUGUCUCGGACUUCCUUCCGGCCAUUCCCAGCAUCCUCUUGGUGUGCGUGCGAGGCAGUAAAGUGAGCUGAGAAUAAAGGUGCGUGACAACUAGACCUCGAUCAGGUGUUGUAAAAAUAAGAUACACAAAUGGGAUGUUUAUGAAAAUCGGAAUAAUGUAAACACGUGAAUAAAUCUGCAAGAACCAAGAUCACAGUACAGCGUAUGCACUCUGAUACCUGAUUUUUUUUAUAUAUAUAUAAAUAAUAAAAGUAAAUAUUAAAGCUUCUUAAA